GCCCUCCGAGGACGCCCACCGCGUACACCGACCGGAGCGUCCGCCUCGCUCCCUGCCCGUAGGCCGCCCAAGUUUGUUUUGGCGUCAGGCGCGCGCAGUAAUGACGCCACGACGCUGACGCGGGAGGAUGGCGGCGGCGUCCGUGGCCUGGGCUGGGAGACGGUGGGCUGAGCCGCCGAGACUCCGAAGAGCCCGCCGCUCGCGCGAGGUGUGUGCGUAUGCCACACGUGGUGGGCAUGGUGGAGGUCAGAGGACAACUUGUAGGAAUUUGUUCUCUCCUUACACCAUGUGCGUUCCGAGGAGUGAACUCAGAUUGGCAUGUUGGGCAGCAGGCGCCUGAACCUGGUGUAGACGGGGCACUGCCUACAGAGCAGGUCCUGCCAGCCUCGCUGGAGAGGAUGCCCCCGUGUCCGUGAUGGGCUGUGGGACAAGCAAGGUCCUUCCUGAGCCACCCAAGGAUGUCCAGCUGGAUCUGGUCAAGAAAGUGGAGCCCUUUAGUGGCACUAAGAAUGAUGUAUACAAGCACUUCAUCACAGAGGUGGACAGUGUUGACCCUCUCAAAGCUGGGUUCCCAGCUACCAGUCAGUAUGCACCUCCUUGCCCUGGUGUUCCCACUACUGGCCACACAGAGCCUCCCUCAGAACCACCACGCAGGGCCAGGGUCGCAAAGUACAGGGCCAAGUUUGACCCACGUGUGACAGCUAAGUAUGAUAUCAAGGCCCUGAUUGGCCGAGGCAGCUUUAGCCGAGUGGUACGUGUGGAGCACCGGGCAACCCGACAGCCAUAUGCUAUCAAGAUGAUUGAGACCAAGUACCGAGAGGGGCGGGAGGUGUGUGAGUCUGAGCUCCGAGUGCUGCGCCGGGUGCGCCAUGCCAACAUCAUUCAGCUGGUGGAAGUGUUUGAGACACAGGAGCGUGUAUAUAUGGUGAUGGAGCUGGCCACUGGUGGUGAGCUCUUUGACCGGAUUAUUGCCAAAGGUUCUUUCACUGAGCGGGAUGCCACAAGAGUGCUGCAAAUGGUACUGGAUGGUGUCCGGUAUCUGCAUGCCCUGGGCAUCACACACCGAGACCUCAAGCCUGAGAAUCUCCUCUACUACCACCCAGGCACUGACUCUAAGAUCAUCAUCACUGACUUUGGCUUGGCCAGUGCCCGAAAGAAAGGUGAUGAUUGCUUGAUGAAGACCACCUGUGGCACACCUGAGUACAUUGCUCCUGAGGUCCUGGUUCGAAAACCCUAUACCAAUUCCGUGGAUAUGUGGGCACUGGGUGUUAUUGCCUACAUCCUACUCAGUGGCACCAUGCCCUUUGAGGAUGAUAACCGCACCCGGCUGUACCGGCAGAUCCUCAGGGGCAAAUACAGUUAUUUGGGGGAGCCCUGGCCUAGUGUGUCUAAUCUGGCCAAGGACUUCAUUGACCGCCUGCUGACAGUGGACCCUGGAGCCCGGAUGACUGCACUGCAGGCCCUGAGACACCCAUGGGUAGUAAGCAUGGCAGCCUCUUCUUCCAUGAAGAAUCUGCACCGAUCCAUCUCCCAGAAUCUCCUCAAGCGUGCUUCCUCUCGUUGCCAGAGCACCAAAUCUUCCCAGUCCACACGUUCCAGCCGCUCCACACGCUCCAACAAGUCACGCCGUGUUCGAGAGCGCGAACUGCGGGAGCUCAACCUGCGCUAUCAGCAGCAAUACAAUGGCUGAGCCACUAGCUAUGACAUGGACACACUCUUGUCUCAUCUCUGCUCUGUCACCUGGGCCCAAUGUCUUCUGUACCUAGGCAUCAUGACCAGCUGUAUAUAGAGCAUGUCUGGACCCAGCUCUUCUCUGUGCUUUAGUAGUCCCUACCUCCUGUCAUGGGCCUGGGCCUGUUAUGAAAUGGUGGCUCAGGACCAUCUAAACUGGGAGCUGGUAGGCAGCUGCUCUGAGUUGGAAGAAAGGGCAGGACCCAGUCCCCACUGAUCUCCUUAAUGUUUGCCUCUGUCUUGGACCAAAGGGGUCUAUAGAAUUGGGUAGAAAGGGUCCUAUGGCUUUGGACUCUCUGAAUCUGUCACUUUUAUAAACCCCCCUUUCCUCCACAAAGCAUUGGUCUAGCUCCAUAUCUUAUGUCAUGCUAAUCCCUAAGAUUAUGCUCCAGUGGGCGGUCUAGCUUUUGUCAUAGCUAGAUUGCAAGCCCUGGGUGCCUCAUUGGUGCCUUAGCCCUAGUCAGAUCCAAGCAACCCCAUCAUUUCCCCCAGCCAAGAGCAAGCUUUCUUCAUGGUGCCACUAGGGACCCUGUCUAGCCCCUAGACUUGCCAGGACCUCUGGUGGGAGGACUGUGGCGUGGACCUUAGCCUCGGGCUCCAGCCUCUCUGUGAGAGAUCCUGCCUCACCCUCAGUGUCUUUGCAGAGCCCAUUCUUGUCUCCCUCCCCUACUUGGAUGCCCAUUUCGUUCCCCAGCUGCCUUCUUCCCAACCGUGAGGGGUUAAAGGGAGCUCCACUGCUGCUACCUGGGGGGUGGAUGUGCCUGAAGAGGGUCCUCCCCAGAAUUUCAUGGUCAACUCUUGUUCCGUCCUUUGGUAUUGCCCUUAACUGGUUCCUUUCUGAAGCUGCCAUGCCCUCUUUAUAGCUCCAUAAUGGCGCCAUCUAGUGUCUGGUCUGGGUAUAGGUGGCCAGGGGAGGGGUGGUGACUGGUGCACACCCUUGCAAACCCACAGCCCUCCAAAAGGAAGAGGAAAGAAAGGAGUUGCUGAAUUGGGGGAGAGUCCUGGGCUGCUCAACUCCCCUUCUGCUCAGCUUCUCCAAACCUCACCCUGGAACUUAGCCGUACUGUGUUACCUGCUUCUGAACCCUGGGUGCCUUGGGUGCUGACCUUGCUGAAGAGCUGGCCUUGCCCUAUCUGCCCUGUGCCCACUUCUUCUCAUAGCAUUAACUUUCCAGGCUGGCCCCAUUGAGUCAGGCUGAGGGAGCUCUUCUGGGAGGUAGGGUAGGGUUGCAGGGAUUGCUGUCCCAGAGAACUGAGCCACAACAGUUCCAAUAGCUGUCAUGGUCUCCCUACCACCAUCACACUAGGCUGGAAUCCAAGUUCCCUCCCUCUGUAGCUGCUUUCAGUGGGUAGGAAGGGGCCAGACAGAGCCUAGCUUGGGCCUUAGCUAGACUAAGAGCCUCUGUCAGCUGGAAGAGUCUGAGUCCCAUUCAGCUCCUCUCAGUAGGGGCAGCCUUGGGCUAGGCCCUCUUUCUAUGUAUGCCACCUCCAUUGGGAAACCAAACCAAAGAGACCACUCUGUGCCAAGUCAACUGUGCCUUGUAUACCCUCUCCUUACAUCCUCCUGCCCCCUGGAUAGGAGGCAGUGGAGGACCUGAGUCUCACAGCCUCAGAAUCCCCCCACCUACCAGUUCCCCAGGAAUCUCUGGGGGUGUGAACCACUGGGGAUUUAUUUUCUUUCUUGCCCAAAAUAAGCCUGGUUGUGAGGAUAGGGCAGAGGGAGUUCACGUCUUGGGCCUUUGAUAGGUCCACCAGGCCUUCCUGCCAUGGACUGUGGAUGGAGAAUGUGCAGUUAUUUAUUUUGUGUACUCUGUAAAUGUAUCUUCUGUAUCCAAUAAACAGGCUGCCCUCCCCCGUGAA